AUGCUUGGCAUUCAGCUGUCUGUCAUAUUCCUUUUUUUGGGUAUAUACGUAACUGCCCAGAUCGUAAAGCUACAAGCUAACGAAGGUAACACUGCGAAGGAGAUGCUCUGCAACUGCAGAAUUGAUGAUCAAAGGUGUAAAGACUCCUGUCUAAAGGCAUAUGUGCCUGGAAACAGAAUCUCUAGAGCUAUAGGGACUCUGGAAACGAAAAAGCCGUCUGUGGUGACCAUCAGAAAGAUUUUACAACAAGAAGAAAGGCCUUUUAUUAGGUUCAUAGAAAAGAACAUUGAAAGAAAUAGCAAUGCCCAAACUCUUAGAAAUGACGAUAUCACAGCAAGAAAGCCGUCAAUAAGGAUUUCUGAUUCUGACAGCAAUACCAUUUUUUAUAACGGAUCUUCGUAUAAAAUUUGUGACCUGUACAGUCAAGCUAAUAGGAUUCGUGGAGCAAAAGAGCAACCGAGUAUAAACGAUGAUAUGAAAAUUCUUUAUGAAUAUGUUCUCAACAAUCCUAGAAUAGAAGGAAUCUGCACAAAAAGCCCAGUUGAAUAUUCCACUCCGCACGUGGAUGCUAUGGACAAUACCUCUUUUUUCUCAAGUGCUCCAUCAAGAAUACCUAUCGACCAUUCGGAACCUAUAAUUCUAGAGAGAAACAACAUGAUACCGAUAUUCAUUAAGGAAACCUUCGAGCCCGCUUCUGAGGAAGGGCUUAAUGCAUCUAAAAGGGACUCCAUAGGCUCUGUUUCUAUAAUCACUCUGAAAACAACUAGCAUAACAACUACUACAACCACAGCCAAGGUUGAGAAGCAAGAGCAUAACGAGCCAGUAAGGAAAACAGAAACACAAACCAUAUUGACAACUAGAACUGUUACAAGGCAAAAAGGGUCUCCUCGCAAAAGAUCUGACGAUACUGUGAAGACUAUUCUAAAAACCGUGUUUGUAGGAAACUCUGAUAGUAACAGAAAUAGUGCAAACUUUGAGGACCAAGAGCCUGAUAUCACAUCAUCAGUGCAGAGCAGAAGUUCUAGAAAACCCAUGGCUGACGGGAUGGCCAACACUUUGAUAGACAUUCAGAUUCUUGAAAAAAUUAAGAGUCUCCUUAAUAUACCGGCACAGAACAGUACAAGAAGUGCAAGCUCAAUGUCCAGUGAGACAUCACAAAGCUCUAGAGUGUCCGCUGCGCUACGAACAAUAACAACUACUGUUGAGAGGAUUCGCACAACUUCUACGUGUAAAUCCUCGUCAGCAAUGCUUCCCACAAAAGAGACAAACAAUUCGUAUUACGAUGAACACACCAGAGAACUCAUAAGAAGCAUUUUUGACAUGCUAAAAAAUAGUACCACUAUUUCUGAGAGCAGAAGGGCACUUCCUGGCAAUAGCACUGUGAUCAAGGAGAUUACAACCACGGUCACAAAAAUAGCCUCAAGGACCAAAGGCCAUACAUCUGCUGUUUCUAUUAUCCAUCCUUUAGAGAUAAAAAGCCCCUACCUUCCUACGCCAUUGGAUCCUAAAUCUAAAGAGGGGUUAGAGCCAUCUUAUGAAAGCUAUGAAAAGAAACUGGACAAUAUAUAUCAGAAAAUUGUGGCAAACGAAGAACGAUAUAAGAAUCUUAUCGAAAUUUUGAUGUCUACCAGAAGAAAAGAAAGAGACGAGGAUAGUGCUCUUGAAUCAUUGAAGAAAAUAUAUGAACUGUAUAGAGACGGGGCUAUUUAUGAAAAGAGUAUCGCAUCCCGCUUGAAGGAAGAGAGGCGAUCUAAGUCAAGACUCAUGCCCUACAGCAUAGAAUCAAGCUUAGACGGUAGAUGGAAGGAUAGAACACACGACGUUGCUGAUGCCAACAAGACUAAAACUCGAAGCAGAGAAGACAUUAUAGAAGAGGUUUCAUCAUUGGCCUAUAAGGGAGAUGGGCUAUGGAAAGGUUUAGAAGACGAUAAUACAAACAACAGUGAAUCUUACGAAGCCAUGUCUCCAGUUCUAGGGGACUUUGAAUCUUCAAAUGACAGAGAGCCUGAGCAGCAUUCCCUUUCCCCUAUAGUUUCAUUCCUUAAAGAGCCCACAGGUAGGAAAGAGCUUGACCUGGAAAGGCAGCUUAGAAAGGAGAGAAGAUUUAAAGACUUGCAGCACCCAACUGUUGCAAGCUUCCUUGACACAAAAAAUGAUAUGAGUGGGGCACAUUCUGAAACUGCGGACGGUGGAAAGGGCACAAGACACAGAACCAUAACAGAUGUUGUUAGAACUACGGUAAUAAGGGACUUUGAUAGUAGCAUGCAUCUUAGUGCUGUAAGCUCUAUUGUUGAAGAGCGUGUGAAGAAUAUCGAGAGAAAGUUGAAUGAAUUCACUGAUAAAGUUGUUCAGAUAGGAGGUAAGUUAUUGAAGCUUAGAGAUAUACAGGAUCAAAGAAUUGUCUUAAAAGAAAGUACCUCCAACUCUGAGUCCAUAUCUCCUACUAUAUCGAGGUCGUCUAUUCACGAUGGAAGCAGCACACCUGCUAAGACAAUGGCAAACAGCACCGAAUCUCUUUUCUCAACAGCAAGCAUAAAUGCCUCUAUUUCACAAAGGCCAUCUUCGUCAUUAGACGCACAAGAGAAGUCCUCUACAUCAUACUCUAACCUAUCGACCUCUUCGGUAUAUCCACGAACAAUGAGCCCUGAAGAAAGCAAAGAACAGAGUAUUGAUAAGAUUGUGGAUAAGUUAAAGGAAAAAAAGAUCCCAGAUGAAAGUCUAUUAGUCUCAGAAGACACGGUUAUAGACGAUAUUGUUGAAAAGCUGGCGCCACUAGUAAAUGAUAUAGAGGUCUCAUCCCUCAGCACUGUUACUAGAACCCAAAAGGAGAUGUCGCCACAAUCUGUAGUUUAA